UAACCCUCGGCGGUUGCUGAUUUUAGGCGUCCCUCUGGUGGGAAACUUGCGGACUCGGCUCCUCGCGCUGCAUGUUCUGGAGGCUGUGCUGCCUGCGUGCGAGGCCAACAUGGAGGAUGACCAGAUGACACAGGUGGUGGAGCGUCUGUUCGCUCUGCUUUCGGACUGCAUGUGGGAGGCUCCCGUCGCUCAGGCCAAACACUCGAUCCAGAUCAAAGAAAAGGUUCAGGAGCUCAAACUGCAGGGAGAGUCGGAGGAGGAGGACGAGAACCUCCCCAUCCAGGAGGUGUCCUUCGACCCGGAGAAGGCUCAGUGCUGCGUGGUGGAAAACGGCCAGGGGCUGACGCACGGCAGCGGGGGGAAAGGCUACGGCCUCGCCUCCACUGGGAUCUCCUCCGGAUGCUACCAGUGGAAGUUUUACAUCGUGAAGGAGAACCGUGGCAACGAAGGCACGUGUGUGGGCGUCUCACGCUGGCCCGUGCACGACUUCAACCACCGGACCACGUCUGACAUGUGGCUGUACCGAGCGUACAGCGGGAACCUGUAUCACAACGGGGAGCAAACGCUGACGCUCAGCAGCUUCACUCAGGGAGACUUCAUCACCUGCGUCCUGGACAUGGAGGCCAGGACCAUCUCCUUCGGCAAGAACGGAGAGGAACCAAAAUUAGCCUUCGAGGACGUCGACGCCACAGAGCUCUACCCCUGUGUGAUGUUUUACAGCAGUAACCCCGGAGAGAAGGUGAAGAUCUGUGACAUGCAGAUGCGGGGAACACCUCGAGACCUGUUACCUGGUGAUCCGGUCUGCAGCCCCAUGGCCACCGUCCUGGCCGAGGCCACCACGCAGCUGAUCCGCAUCCUCCAUCGCACCGACCACUGGACCCACCGCAUCAACAAGACCAUGAUCGAGCGGCUCCACAAGAUCAAACCCUGCUUCAGAGAGUCGGCCGGCGCCUCCGGCAGCGGCGGGGGUCAGAGGCUGAAGAAGAGCCGCUCGGUGCAGAGCCGCGAGGAGCACGACGCCCAGCGAGAGAGCCAGGAGACGCCCGCGAGGACGGAGGAGGAGAGGGGACGCCACGGACGGCAGCACGGCCUCGGGGAGCUGUCGGAGCACCACCUGAGGACGCUCUGCACGGAGGUGUGGCCGGUGCUGGCGGUGAUCGGAGGGGCGGACGCGGGCCUGCGUGUGGGCGGGAGGUGUGUGCACAAGCAGACCGGGAGGCACGCCACUCUGCUGGGCGUGGUGAAGGAAGGCAGCACCUCGGCCAAGGUGCAGUGGGACGAGGCUGAGAUCACCAUCAG